AUCUUCCUGUCUAUUAUAAUAAUCAAACUAGCGUUCGGUUACAGUUUCGAUGGGAUGAUGAGGAAUAACGCGCUUUACAGAUCAUUCGCGAUGUGGACUGCAAGCCUUCUACUAGUGAUCUUCCUGUCAGUGGAAUUCGUUUACUGUGAUUUGCCAUGCAAUGACUGUGCCUGUGUCAGCAAGAACACAUCCUGCGCCUGCGAGAAACACCCAACUGAAAAUGGUAUUAUCGUGGACUGCUCAUUCACCAACGUAACAUAUGUGCCGACGCAGAUACCAGCUGCUAUUACCCUGGUCCUAAAUAUGUCAUCCACAAGACUCGAAGACUUGGUGACUUAUACAAGCACGCCAUUUGAGAACUAUGAGUCACUAAUAGUAUUAGAUCUGUUCAACACAACAUUGGGAACAAAGAACGCUACAAUUAAAAACACAACUUUCACAGGACUAGGAAAGCUACGGUAUUUAAAUAUAUCAAACAACGACCAGAUGGCAUUGACCUAUAACACAAGCGAGAACUUGUUUGGAAAUUUAAAUUCACUCAAAGAAUUGAGAAUGUACGCAACAACGGGAACGUACAAUCGUGGAAAGGGUUACCCUGAGAUGGCCAUAUGGAAACUUCGAAACAGUUUGGAAGAACUAUGGCUUGAUGGUAUGACAGAUAUUUCAUUUGGUCCUGUGUUUCAAGAGAUGUCAAAGCUUAAUACGGUGCGAAUAUCGGGCGAUAUGGUUCUACCGCCGUGGCGAUACUUGGAGUUUUGUGAAACAAACAUAACGAAUAAGUCAUUUGAAAAUUUGAUUUACGUGACACACUUGUCGGUUUUAAAAUGUGGCGUAAAAGAUAUUGCAGCAGACGCUUUUGUAAACAUGACGCAUUUGGUUUAUCUAGAUUUGUCUGAAAAUUUUGAAUUAGGAUUGGAUGGUCUGACAAAGGCGGCGAGCAGUUUGAACAAAAAAAUGGAAACAAUAAUCAUGAACCACGUUGAAAAUGGUCAGUUUCUGAGCUGUGGCACCACCAUAACCUCAAAAAUCGUAACUCCAUUUCAAAACCUAAGAAAUUUGAAAUACCUUUCAUUGCAAUAUAAUGCAGUGAACAACGUUGAAAAGGAAGUAUUCCAACUUUUGCCGUCAGUUGAGGAAAUUAAUAUUUCAAGAAACGAGUUUGAACUUGGAUUUUACAUUUUUUACGUUUACUUCAUGAAAAAUUUAAAGAAGCUCGACGUAUCUUUUAACUUUUUCAAUGAUGAUAUAGGAAUAUGGAGUUCGUUAAGUCCGAAGAAGCAUGUUCGCACAACUGGCCGGCUCCACAAUCCGCGCAUGACAACGACGGAAGCACAUGCGUCCUCACGCAACAAUUUGGCAUAUCUAUCGUCUACUGCAGCUGAGCAUGAUUUCUUUGCAGACAUGCAGGUGCAUAUGAAUAAUUACAGACAUCAUGUUCCAGUGCCGAACACCUGCCCGACUCCAGAAUAUUUCAUUCCUAGAUGUUCGGUCACUGGUUUUCUCCCACCGAAAAUUGAGGAAAUAGAUAUAAGUUACAGUAAAAUUGGAUACCCUAUUUUUGAAUUAUGUUUUGACCCAAAUAAUAAGUUGAAAACUAUAUCCGCGGCGUGCUCGUUGCUGUUUUGUUGGGAAGGACCAACCCAUGGUUUGGAAAAAGUUGAAAAUAUUGACCUUAGCCUUAAUUUUGCAACACAAGUGAAUGUACAUUUCUUUGAUGGUUUUCCGAAUCUUAAAAGAUUGAAUCUUCAUGGCAAUCUCUUGUUCAAUCCGAUUCAGAAGAAUGGUUCGCGCUUAUUUGCAAACAACACACAUUUAAAGGACUUGGAUAUAUCAUUCAAUAGAAUUGAAAGUUUGGAACCUGACCUACUCCAACACCAAAAAGACCUGGAAGUUUUCAAUAUGUCCUUCAAUAUAUUUACAUCUUUUGGUCUGAAUAUCUCGCACUUGAAACACUUGCGAAUGCUCGACAUGAGCAACAACCACAUAUGGACUCUCCCACAGAGUGUAAGAAACGCACUGAAGAAUAUUUCAGAGACAAGCUCUAGCGGCCGGAAUCGGAUGCAUGUGAACAUGACAAACAACCACAUCAAAUGCACAUGUGAAAAUCUUGAUUUUUUAAAAUGGGUUUUAGAGCAUAUGGGUUCAUGUCCCACUCUGUACGUGAAUAUUUCUGAGUGCAACUUUUUUCACAACGACAACAUGACGAAAGAAGUAAUAAAUUCUAAGAAUGAUCUGGAAGAGAAAAUUAUAUAUCUUGAUAAGCAAUGUAAAUCAUACCUUGAUGUCAUAAUAGUCAGCACAAUACUUUUGAUUAUUGUAAUUGUAAUAGUUGUCGGCGUGUUAGUUCAUAGGUUCAGAUGGAAAAUAAGCUACUGGUACUAUGUGACUUCUCGAAAAAUAGUCAAACGAGCUGGCUAUACGUCCAUUGACAGCAUUGCUGAAGAGGUGAACAAGUUCCGAUACCAUGUGUACGUGGCAUCCAAUGCAGAUACCAACACUUUUGUAAGCGAGACCCUAGAGCCCCAUCUCACAAGAGAUGGCUAUAAGUUGUUCCUCCCCGACUAUAUUGUGCCGGGGCAAAACAAGUACAGUUUAAUUGCGAAUGCUAUACAUAUAAGCAGAGCGGCGCUGUUUGUUAUAACCAAGAGGUGCGAAUCUGAAGACGAAUGGAAGAUUGCCCUACAUAUGGCACAGGAGGAGUCUUUGAGACGGGGAAAACCAAUGUUCUUUGGACUUUUCUUGCAGUCCACGCCGGAUUCUGGCUGGUCAAAGGACACGUUGGAAAUCAAAAGGAGGUGCUAUCUGGACUUUCCGGAAAGGGGCGGAAGUCAGGAAAUGAUUGCCUUUUGGAGAGAACUGAUUGACAUUAUUGAAAAAAUAGACGACACACCGAUUGCUGUAAACCAAAGUUUAUUCAACAGAAACACUUCUUCCAACAAUGGAUAUACAUGCAUUAAUUAGCCACACAAUAGACAACUUCCCGUUCGCAUGAAUAACGCGCAUAAACAUGGGAUUGCUUGGCCUCAUUGUACUUAAUGUCGUUUGUUCAUGCAUUGAGGUCAUUAAAAUCCAUCAUUGACAGGCAAUCAUUUGACAUAAUGUGAAAGUCAUUCAUAAGACAAACUUUGGAAUGUGUCCGGCACUACUAAAUAAAACUUUAUUUGAGAAAGUCCAGCUUGAUGCACACAUAAUUUUCACUGGAGGAACUCAACUUGCUUCGGAGGUUUGGUUUUGAAAUACUGAAGUCACGACGAGAACCAUGUGUAACAAGAAGACAACUUUCUGGAAUAAUCUAUCAAAUCUCGUCCAAGACAAAGUGUAUUAUUAUACAUUCUAUGUAACUCUACUACUAUAAGGAAUUACUUAUACUGGACAAAAAGCUUGCAAACCCACCCAUACCUUCAACCAUUUCACGUUGGAUCCGAAUUGAUUUCAUUUUUCAUAGGCUAAAAUAUUUAAAACAAAUAAUGGAAUUUCACAAUUUCUGUAAUGCCUUCUUCAGUUUGAUUUACUUUUGUUAAUACUGUAAACAUCAUUUAUUGAAAUAUAUUACAACAAGGGAGUGGUUUUAAAAUGAGAUGUAACCUAUCUCCUCUAUCCUUAUGAUGACACAGUGGAAACUCGCUAUGUCGAACUCUGUUAUUUCGAUGUUAUGGUUUUGUCAAACUGUUUUCUAAUAUUUUGGGCUCAGUCAUACACUGAUUGUAUUUCUGUUAUAUCGAGUGUUCGUUACCUCGAAGUCAUUAUCGAGGCCCCAACGACUUCGAAAUAGCGAGUUCUUACUGUAUAUGUAUACUUUGUGUUGUUCCAAUGUAUCUUCAUGACAUAAAUAAUGCCUAAACUAAUGUCUUUAAUGUAAAUAUGUGUAUAUAUGCAAAUCAAAAUAUUUUCAUCCUUUUCUUCGAUCAGUGUUACAAAAGUCUUGGGUGAACUUGUAGACUACAGGUAAAUUGUAAAUUAUAUAAAUA